AUGAGAUACGACGGCCAAGAACUGCUCCAAUCUGACGACUUCAGUAGGCCGGCGAAGGGAAUGGCCUAUCAUCCAUUCCUGCAGCUACCGCGACCGACUGACUUCAGCGUCUCGUCGCUGUUGACCGCGGGUUCGCCGCCGUCAGCGCAAGCCCAGCAGCAAAACUCGCCGGCGGCGGCUGCCGCAGCCGCGGCCGCCAUCAACAUGGCGGCCACGGCAGCCGGCACAGCGCCACCCGGUGCCGGCGGGCCACCCUCCUACUUCCCGGCGGCCGCCCUCGCCGCCCUGUCCGGUGGGCCCGGUGCCGGUGGUCCACCGCCCUCCCAUCUCUAUCCGGGCGCGUUGCUGCCGAAGCUGCCGCCCCACCAUCCGCACGCCCACCAUCCGCUCGGGACGGCCUACACCACGGCGGAGGAUGUGGUGCUGGCGGCGGUGGCCGCCCAUCAGCACCAUCCGGCGAUGAGGCCGCUACGCGCGAUGCAACCAGAGGACGACGGUGUGGUGGAUGAUCCGAAGGUGACACUGGAAGGCAAGGAGCUGUGGGAGAAGUUCCACAAGCUCGGCACUGAGAUGGUCAUCACCAAGAGCGGCAGGCAAAUGUUUCCGCAGAUGAAAUUUCGCGUGUCCGGCCUAGACGCGAAAGCAAAGUACAUUCUGCUGCUCGACAUCGUGGCUGCGGAUGACUACCGGUACAAGUUUCACAACAGCCGGUGGAUGGUCGCAGGGAAGGCGGAUCCGGAAAUGCCGAAACGCAUGUACAUCCAUCCGGAUUCGCCAUCGACCGGCGAACAGUGGAUGCAGAAGGUGGUCUCGUUUCACAAGCUGAAGCUUACCAACAACAUUAGUGAUAAGCACGGAUUUGUUGGCGAUGCCUCCACCGUUUGGACAAUCCUGAAUUCGAUGCACAAGUACCAGCCUAGAUUUCAUUUAGUUCGAGCGAACGAUAUACUGAAGCUACCGUACUCGACGUUUCGUACCUACGUGUUUAAGGAAACCGAAUUCAUAGCCGUAACUGCAUAUCAAAAUGAAAAAAUAACGCAAUUGAAGAUAGAUAAUAAUCCUUUCGCGAAAGGAUUUCGUGAUACUGGUGCCGGCAAACGGGAAAAGAAUACGGGUUUCAGUUGUUCUGCUUUCAGGCAAUCGCUGAUGGGACAGCGAAGCUCCGACGGUGACAAGCUCAGUCCGAGCUCCGUCAGCUCCUCGCGCGGUCCAGCUGGUUUGGACCACCGAACGAAUAGCAUAUCAGCGCUGGACGAUGACGACAAGCUGUUGGACGUGGUGGGACCACCGCAGAGCCCACUACUCUCGCUCAGCCAGCAGAUGCACCAUCAUGCGUCAGGAUGGUUCAACUUCGAAGACGUGCAGCGUGCGGAGGAAGCGAUGCGAAGGCGCCUCCAGUCGGACGAGAACGAGCGGGACGGCAGCGACUCGAACUGCUCGGACAGCGUGUCAGGAAGCACAGGUGCCUUUCGUCCGACCUCGGGCAGCCCGAAGGAGUCGUCCAGCAGUGCCGGAACGUCCUACCCCUCGCCCAACAUCUCCGUCGGGCCACCGAUCCACCCGCCACCUCACCUGCUGCCCUAUCUCUACCCGCACGGUCUCUACCCACCGCCACAUCUGUCCCUGCUGCACAAUCCGGCCGCUGCGGCUGCCAUGAACCCGAGUCUGCUGUUCAACGCCCAGCUCGCGCUUGCCGCUCAACAUCCCGCCUUCUUCGGGCACUACUCGGGCCACUCGCCCACCUCGCCACUCCACGGCCUCAAGGGCCACCGGUUCUCGCCGUACAGCCUGCCGUCGGGGCUGGGGUCGGCAUUCGACGCGGUAACGCCCGGAUCCAACUCGGCCGGCGCACGCAGCCUCAGCAGCAGUCCCCAUCCGCGCGCUGCCUCCAACUCGCCCCCCACCAGACCCAUCUCCGUCUCACCGACUCCCACCCAACAUCCGACCUCGCCAACGACGGCGGACGCGAAUGCGGCCGCCAACAUGCCACCGGUCCCGAACAGCAGCAUAGCCCAGCCGCAGCCACCCCCACCACCACCACCCCCGCUGCCACCUUCUUCACAACCCUCCGCACCGACGGCACAACCACCCUCCGCUGCUUCCAUCCUGUCUCCGGCUUCGGCUGGACCACCGCCCUCACUAGGGCCACCGCCCCCCUCCUCCAACUCACCGUCGGAGCUGAAGAGCAUCGAGAAGAUGGUGAACGGGCUGGAGGUGAAGCACAACAUCAACGGCAGCACGGUAACCGUCGACAGCAAUGGAGCGAAAAGCCACCAUCUUGCGCACGAUCAGUGACGUAUGGUGAGCGGCGAGUACCAUCCCACGUCCGGGCUGUAUGAUCGGGGCGUACCGGUCGAGAGCGGUGUUGGUGCUGGGAUCGGAGGUCCCAAUCUCGACCAGGAUAUGUGACAGUUAGCGAUCGGUCCUGGCGAUGCGCUCCACUACGGCUCCAUGUCGUAGUGCACGCGUGCGCAAACCAAGCGGACCGUUCUGUACAUAGCAGACACAGACAUUUUAGGCCCUUUCAGUCGGAAGAGGCACCCAUCAGGCCUCCUCAGCCACGGCACAGAGCGUGCUAGUGUUCCGCAGCGUGUGUUCCGUGUCCUCUUCGUUUGCACCACCACCAUUUUGCCGCCAUUCAUCGUCGCUCGUCUUGUUUCUGUUUUCUUUGAAUAACGCAGAACGCGUGUGUGUCACAACUUACCAAAGAACAUCACUGCUAUGAAGGGGUACCGUCGGGGUCUGUGAGUGAGGCAGGUAGGCCCGGAAAGAAGAAAGCGUCGUUUUUUUUUUAAUAUUUCCAUACACUUUCACCACAGAAGAACAAUUGAGUAGGGGUUUUUAUGACACAAACACACACAAUUACUCACUCACUCGUCACAACUUGACUCCCCUAAAGAUGCAAGACAUUUUAAAGUAACGAAAUUAUUCCACUACUAAAGGAAGUCACCAUCCCACGUGGUGUGGGGAAAAAGAUCACCGAAGCAAUUAGGAUGUAAACGCAAUAUGGAACAAACGAGUUAUGACGUCAUUAUGACAGUUUCGCCUCUCACCAAGCACACGCAAAAAAACACGCUACAAGGAUGUAAUUGAAUAAAUCGCGUAGAGCAAACAUAACUGGAAUCGGAGGGGAAAAAACCGAAAAGAUUGUAAAUGUUGUACAUACUGGAGUAAGGAAAACAGAAGAAGAACCGAUAUAAUUAGCUUAUUAUAAAACAAAAACUGCAAGAAAAAACAAGAAAAAAACAUCCAACUCUCACAAAACACAUCUGCAUGUGAAAAAGAAAUGAAGGAUUUAAAGAAAAAAGAAAGAAAAAUGAAACACACAAAAGAGAUAUCAGAAUAGAAAGCAGACAAAGGAAAGCAAUACAAAACUAGGUGGCGAGUGGUAAGGUACAAGCAUAGAGGCUUGCACAUUUUGCUCUUUUACCACACUCUUUAAAAUUGCUUCGCGUAACGGAUGAUUGUGCACCGAAAGUUUCCUACCGCUCUGGGCUCUGUCGUGACACUCGGCGUGAGUCGAAGUAUUUAAUUUGUUCGUUUAAAACUUUAAACAAAAAACACCCACCCCCCCGUUACACACUCAAGCGCACUCAAAGUGUAAGCAGUUCGGCCGACUAUUCAGCGACUGCGAGCUAUUCAGUAAUUUUAGACCUAGUUAGAAAUGUCUCGUCUCGCCGAAAACGUUUAAGACGGUUUUAUGUUUAAAUUAUUCACUGCAAAAACGAAGCAAAA